GUGUUGCGUUGUUUUAGCUCGGUGAUUGAAUGAUUAUGUGAUUGUUGUCUUCCUGGUCCGUUCAUUAAACCGCAGUUAUCUCACUCUGUUUCAGCGGAGCCUCGCUCUCGUUCUCGGUUUUUAUCGCCCUCGGUUUCCUCGUCAAUCCAGACACUGAAGCUACGUUCUAUGAAAUCACAAGCAGCAGAUCUGUCAUUUGACUGAGCGGAACACACCGGGUUGGAUGACGUGACCCCAGGUGAUCUCUCCUGAGGCUGACAACAGUGCAGGAUGUCAAACAGUGGGAAUCAGUCCUGUCUGAUGGGAGCAGAGGACACCGUCUCCUUCCUGGUGUGUGUGUUCCAUGCUCUGGAGGAAUGGGCUGGUCUUGGUCAGGUGGAGGACUACCUGAGCGUUUUGGAGUACCUGCUGUGGGUCUUCACCCCUCUGGCUAUCGUCUUCAUUCUGCCCUUCCUCAUCGUCAUACUCCUCUACCUGUCGAUACUCUUCCUUCAAGUCUAUAAGAGGAAGAAUCAACUGAGGGAAGCUUACUCCAAUAACCUGUGGGAUGGAGCCAGGAAGACUCUGGCUACUCUGUGGGACGGACAUGGAGCCAUAUGGCAUGGCUAUGAGAUCCAUGGGCUGGAGAAAAUCCCUGACAAAGGACCAGCACUGAUCGUGUACUAUCAUGGAGCGAUUCCUAUCGACUACUACUACUUCCUGGCCAAUGUUAUCCUCCAGAAAGGACGGACCUGUCACUCUGUGGCUGACCACUUACUCUUCAAAAUCCCAGGUUUCAAAUUACUGUUGGAAGUGUUCAGUGUGAUCCAUGGCCCUCAGGAAGAGUGUGUGAGAGCUCUGAAGAAUGGUCACCUAUUGGGUAUUUCCCCUGGAGGAGUACGGGAAGCUCUGCUCAGUGAUGAGACUUACCCUCUUCUAUGGGGUAAACGCAAAGGCUUUGCCCAAGUCGCCAUCGACUCUCAAGUGCCAGUAAUUCCAAUGUUUACUCAGAAUCUGCGAGAGGGCUUCAGGUCUUUGGGAACUCUCAGAUUAUUCCGCUGGAUGUAUGAAAGGUUCCGUCUACCUGUAGCACCUGUUUAUGGUGGAUUUCCUGUGAAAUUCCGGACCUUCCUUGGGGAUCCCAUCCAGUAUGAUCCAAACAUAAAUGCUGCAGAGCUUGCGGAGAAAGUGCAGCAGGCUGUCCAAUCUCUGAUAGACCAGCACCAGGAGAUCCCAGGGAAUAUCCUGAGAGCCUUGAUAGAGAGAUUCUACACCAAACACAAAGAUCAUUAACAUCAGCAGCACAACAGAGAAAAACUGUCACGUCUCAGAUUUCUUCAGAGUGCAUAUUUUUGGAGUAUUUUCACAACUUCCUUCUCUUCCCUGUUUAAAUAGACAUCGGUUGGUAUGUCUGUUUUGAACUUGGUUAGGGUUGGGGACUAUCGGAAUCAGUAGUUUUCCGGCAAUUUAUUUUCGGGACUUUUUCAGGAAAUACGUUUUAUUUCUAAUUGAGCAUCGCUUUAGUUCAGGCAAGUCAUGAAGUUACGUUCAGACAGAAUCCAGUAUGUCAGGUGAGGGUAGCAGAUCUCUAUGCCAGCCCACAUCAGCUGAUGGCUCAGCUGAUCCCCUCCGAGGCAUUUAAUUGGUCAAGCUUAUAUUGCACACUUUAUUAAAGGUCCAGUGUGUCAGAUUUUGGUGAAAGGGAUCAAUUGGUAGAAUAUUAAAUAUAAAAUAAUCCUACUGAUGUUUUUACUUGUGUAAAUUGUACGAAUUGUUUCUUUACCCCUGAGUGGGUUCUUUAUAUUUACUUCAGGAGCGGGUCCUCUCUACGGAGGCUGCCAUGAUUUUGAAAGUAGCCCAGACUUGACACACUAAACCUUUUGAGUUGUUAUGACAACUGAAGGUUACCACAGGUUAUCUUCCAUGAAGGGGAUGGUGAGGUGAGGGGUAUUCAGCUGCAACAUGCAACUUCAGCACUAGAUUUCACUCAAUUCUACACACUGAACCUUUAAAGCUACUUUACUCUGCCCACUCUUUCUGCUUCCACUACAAGCCACUUUGCCACCCACCUCAACCCCAGCCGCCCCUUUCUGAAUUCUACCUAAUCAAAGUCAUGUGUUGUCAUUGAUGCCUUCUCUGGUCUGUUCUGGGAUCUUUAAGCUUCUGCUCUCGUUGUCUCACUUUCCACAAAGGCUCACGGAAGGGUAAGGAGUUGUUCUCACCCUACCUUGUGCUUUCUACACAUGCACUUGGAAGGACAGGGAUAUCUCAAUGAUGCUUUUUCUGUAUUGUCCAGGUAAAGCUUAAAUCCUGAAGUAAAAUACCUUUGUCCAAUAAGGGCCAUUUCAAUGUUUAUAACAGCCUUCAUGAGUAAACUAGCAAAGUGUUUUAAUGUCAGAUGAUAGUGCUGAUGAUGAAGAUGAUGCUACUUAGAUCUGCUUUUAAGCUAAAACAGUCUGUUGUUUGAUCGCAACACUGGAACUUUCUCUCAGUAUCCUUCAGUGUUUUUCAACUAUCUUGUGCCAUAUCAGUUAUCUGCACUGCAACCGUUCUUUGAGAAAAACUGACCUGUUGGGAAAAAAAAUACUUUGUCUAGUUAAAGCAGCACUGCUAACAAAGCUCCUUCAUAAAUUCUCCCUCUGAAUGAGAUUUUAGCUUUUCAGUUGUCCCUUAGCCACCACAUGUGAAUUCUCUUGACAGCCUCCAUUGUUAUCGAUGAAACGUAACAGCCAUGUGUUUCUUUCACCCUGAUGAUGACCUGCCAGAUGGCGCUUUCCUAAAGGACACAUUAGUACAUUUAAAGUUACUUUCUUUUAAUGCAAAAAAAAAAGUAAUGGGUCUCAAGAGAUUUUUUUUCAAUAGGGUGUAUAGGGUCUGGAGCAACAAGGUUCUCCACUCCUGGUCUACAGUCUAUAAGGACUCUUGAGUUCCUUUGUUGUCGGUAUUAGAAAAUCACAUGAUGCUUACUUCCAUUUAUAUUUACCAGUAAUAUUUAGAGUUUGUAUUGUCCCUGUUGCCAGUGGUUUGAAACAAGAGCAACCUGCUUGUUCUGAGAAAAUGAGUUUAUCAGCACAAAAAUGAUCAAGUGCAGUAACUGUGGCUUUGCUAUAUCAUUGUAUAAAAAUUGUACUUCAGAAGAAGUUUAGACAUGUUGCAUUCAGAUAUUCAUGUCUCUUAAGGUAGCACCAAUACACUUGACAAUGUGUGAAGGAGGCUCGAGCUGAAGGUCGCACAAAAAGUAUUGUCUGUGGGCUUGCGCAUGUGCUAUACUGCGAGAUUACCCCUCAUAAAACCAUAAGUGUCCCUUCACAAAAUUUAAAUAUCUUCUGUCUGUAAUAUUUAUCAUAUCAGUACAGAUUUGGAAGUGUUUGUUUAAUUCCCAUACCCUCUGAGCUUCAAAAGAAAUGCUGUAAUCUAAACAUUUGACGUUUUGCAUUGUCAUAUUGUUGAAAUAUAUUUGCAUGCCUGAGCAUAUAUUAAGUUUCAGUGAUUUUGCACAUAUUGUCUUCAAAGUGUUGCUGCGAACUGACAUUUUUUAAAGAAGCCUUUUUGCCUGUUUGUGAGAGCUGAUUAACCAGAUGCUUUACUUCUGUCAACUUGUCCUUUUCCAUAUUUAUGUUGUUCCUCUAAUUUGUGUUUUUAAAUUGUCAAUUUAUAUGUCAAUAUAUUAUUUAAAUGUUGCACUUUUAAAUAUUGAGAUUCAG